UAGGACGUAGUACUCAUUUCGACUUCCUAUCUCUGGUUUCCUUCGCGUCAGGCGCGGGGGCGAGGUUCUCCCCGUUCUUCCUGCUGCCCGGGCACGGCCCCGGCUCUCAGGACCAAAAUGAGCCUGUUUGGGACAACCUCGGGUUUUGGAACUGGUGGGACAAGCAUGUUUGGUAGCACAGCAACAGAUAAUCACAAUCCUAUGAAGGAUAUUGAAGUUACAUCCUCUCCUGAUGACAGUAUUGGAUGUCUUUCUUUUAGCCCACCUACAUUGCCAGGGAACUUUCUUAUUGCAGGAUCCUGGGCCAAUGAUGUUCGAUGUUGGGAAGUUCAAGAUAAUGGACAGACUAUUCCAAAAGCUCAGCAGAUGCACACAGGGCCUGUACUUGAUGUCUGUUGGAGUGAUGAUGGGAGUAAAGUAUUUACAGCAUCCUGUGAUAAAACUGCUAAAAUGUGGGACCUCAACAGUAACCAAGCUAUACAGAUUGCACAGCAUGAUGCUCCUGUGAAAACUGUGCAUUGGAUCAAAGCACCAAACUAUAGCUGUGUGAUGACGGGAAGCUGGGAUAAAACACUAAAGUUUUGGGACACUCGGUCACCAAGUCCUAUGAUGACAUUGCAGUUACCUGAAAGAUGUUACUGUGCUGAUGUGGUCUACCCCAUGGCAGCUGUAGCUACUGCUGAGAGAGGAUUGAUAGUUUAUCAGUUAGAGAAUCAGCCUUCUGAAUUCAGAAGAAUAGAAUCUCCUCUUAAGCAUCAGCAUCGCUGUGUUGCCAUUUUUAAAGACAAACAGAAUAAGCCUACUGGUUUUGCUCUGGGAAGUAUUGAAGGAAGAGUUGCUAUUCAUUAUAUUAAUCCACCAAAUCCUGCCAAAGAUAACUUCACCUUUAAGUGUCAUCGUUCUAAUGGAACUAAUACUUCAGCUCCUCAAGAUAUCUAUGCUGUGAAUGGGAUAGCAUUUCAUCCUGUUCAUGGAACUCUUGCAACUGUAGGAUCUGAUGGUAGAUUCAGUUUUUGGGACAAAGAUGCAAGGACAAAACUAAAAACUUCAGAACAAUUAGAUCAGCCAAUUUCAGCUUGUUGUUUCAAUCACAAUGGAAACAUAUUUGCAUAUGCUUCCAGCUACGACUGGUCAAAGGGACAUGAAUUUUAUAAUCCCCAAAAGAAAAAUUACAUUUUUCUGCGUAAUGCAGCAGAAGAGUUAAAGCCCAGAAAUAAGAAGUAACAAGUAUAGAAUUCAGAUGUUGACCUGGAUUGUUCUUCCUUGCCCCAGUCUGGUUUUGAUCACUAAAAUAUGGUGGAUUCUCCAACAUCUACACAAUGCAUUGUUCAGAUCCACUGGAGAAAAUCAUUUGAAUCAUGCUACCUGCAAGAAUGCCAGAUGUUCACAAAAUGACCUGCCUGUUUCUUCUCCACUAUAAUACUGCCUGACAAACUGCUCUAAAUUUGAGAGGAUUGAAAGUACUGUACAGCUUAGAUUUGUAUGGGCAUUUGCAUAGUUAUUUUACAGUCUUCAAGGUAUGAGUAACAGGAGAUUGAAACACAAUCUAUAAAUACAAUAUCAUAUUUUGUAAUAAACUAUUUUGAAAAUUGCCUAAAA